UGUCACCUCUUUCACUAACACUGAAUUGUUCUCAACUGAAUCGUGGGAAUUGAAAGAUUGAAUAGUAUGAAUGCGUGGUUGAGGUGCGGUUCAAUUUCGUAACACAAUAGGCGUCAGUUGAAGAUAACACAGUGUGGAGCUGGAGGAACACAACAGGUCAGGCAGCAUCAGAGGAGACGGAAAACUGACAUUUCGGAUCGGGACCUUUCUUCAUAAACUCAGUUAAAGGUGUACACAGGAUAAUUAUUAAUCGGAGACAGGGAAAGGUGAAAAGAUUAGCUUUUGAAAGUCUUGUAGAAAGAAUAUGACAAUGGUCAGGUGUCACAGGAAGUGGAUUUUGACCACUGGGACUGCACUGGUGGGACUUCUAUUUCUACUUACUGGGAAUUUUCAAUCCUGUGAGGAUGAUGUGAUGCGGGGAAUUUGGGAAAAUUCCAUCGAUGUGGGUAACAGACGGUGCUUGGAUAAUUUUUACAAAACUCUAAAUCUGUCUGCUCGACAGCCGAUUUGUUCGCGAAUUAUUGGAGGAGAUCAGACUGCAGUUGAAAAAGCUCUUUUAAAUGCUAUUGAUGUUACACGUGGUAAAACGCCUUUGACUGAAAAACAUUAUUGGAAUAUGACACGGGACUGUGCUGCAUUUAAAAAGGAGCGCAAGUACCUAAACUUCGCACUGAGCAAGGAAGAGAGGAAUUUUCCCAUCGCCUACUCCAUUGUAAUUCAUCAGAACAUAGAAAUGUUUGAAAGAUUGCUGCGGAGCAUUUAUACUCCGCAAAAUGUGUACUGUAUCCACGUGGAUCGGAAAGCUGCAGACAGUUUUCAUCUCGCUGUGAGAGCUAUUGCCUCUUGUUUCUCCAAUGUUUUCGUUGCCAGCAAGUUGGAGAAUGUGAUCUACGCGUCUUGGUCGCGGGUACAAGCUGACCUGAACUGUAUGGAAGAGCUGCUCCAAAACCCAGUCCGCUGGAGAUAUUUUAUUAACCUUUGCGGAAUGGACUUCCCGCUUAAAACAAAUGCAGAGAUUGUCAGAAACCUCAUUGUCCUGAAUGGGAAAAACAGCAUGGAAUCCGAAGUGCCCUCAGCAUCCAAACGGGAACGGUGGCUUUUUCAUCAUGAAGUUAAAAAUCAAAUAAGCAGAACUCAGGAAAAGAAGACCUCACCUCCAAUAAGUACUCCGAUGUUCACUGGGAAUGCAUACUUCGUGGCUUCCAGGGCAUUUGUGAACCAUUUAUUUCAGAGUCCUGAAAUCCAGAAAUUUCUGAAGUGGGCAGAAGAUACAUAUAGUCCCGAUGAGCAUGUUUGGGCUACUCUGCAGAGAAUUCCUACUGUCCCAGGUUCCAACCCCCACAAUAGCAAGUACCACAUGUCAGAUAUGGCAGCCAUUGCCCGCAUGGUGAAGUGGUCCUACAUGGAAGGGGAUAUAACCAAAGGUGCCCCUUAUCCCAAGUGCACAGGAACACACCGUCAUGCAGUGUGCAUCUUCGGUUCUGGUGACCUUCACUGGAUCGUGCAACAACAUCACCUCUUUGCCAACAAAUUUGAUCCUGAUGUAGAUAACACAGCUCUUGAAUGCUUGGAGGAACAUUUGAGAUAUAAAGCAAUUUACAGAACUGUUUGAUGUAAAACUGCAUUUUAUUUCAUCCUAAUUUUCGAUUUUUGCUUCAUAAUGUCACAUGAUGCCAUUUAACUUCCUGCAAUAACCAGAUGAGUUAGUUCAAAGGUACUUGAUGAAUUAUAUCAUUACUUGACAAAACUUAAAUUUGAAAGAUUUUAUCCAUUCAGAAAAACUUUCACUUUGCCUCUGCCCCUCCAUAUUGCAGUAUCCUGCAUUCUCUUUCAUGAUUCCAAUAUGUCCCCCACCACUGUACUCAGAGUACAUUCUAAGUGCUGAUCACUCUCUGUAUUAAUGUCGCCUUUCAGUAAUUGAACUUGUGUCUUUAUUCAGUUUUCAAAGAUAGCCCACAUUUCAGUUUUCCAUAGUGAGGAUGAUGGCAGAUUUUGAUCAUGUCAAAGGAAAAGCAUGUUCAAGUUAUUUCCUGAAUACUACGUUUUAAUGAAAAUAGGAACAAGAGUUCUCCAUUCAGAUCCUGAAGCCUUUUCCAUUGCUACAUCAUAGUUAAUCAGGAUCUUCUUUCAUCUAAAUGCCCCUUGAUCUUGAUUGAUCAACCACUAAAAAUCGAAUAAUCUCAGCCUUGAAAACUUAAAUUGUUGUUUCUUAUCUCAGCUUUGUGAAUGACACAGUGUGCUUUCUGCUCACAGUCCUGAGGAACCUACCUUCAAAUCUGCAAUAAUUCUGCCUACUGUUGGAUUCCUGUAUGAGAGGAAAUACCUUUUCUGUAUCUAAUCCUCAAAACUUUCAUAAAAGCUCAAUUAAGUCACAUCUCAGUUGUUAGUACUCAAGUCUAACAGACCACUUAUUUGAAAAUGUCUACCCUGCUCAAACUCCCAUCUAUUUCUUUGUUUACCAAAUUUAUACACUUGUUUCCAAUAACUUCCUCCUUGAAUUCCUUGGACAUGACUUCUACACCUGCUACGGCACUAAAAUAGCCCUUACCAAAGUCAUAAAACUUCUGUAAUGAUGGUUGUAGGUUGUUUUCUAGCCUUGUCCCUUUCCUCACCCCAGCUUUUUCUUUAACAUGAUUCAACACACCUUUAUUUUACAGCUGUGUAGCAGUGAUUUUGUUUUCACUCUCAUCUAUUUGAUUGCACCCAUAUUGCAUCUCAGGGCAUGCUCCAUGAACAGCAACCACCUGUAUCAUUUAUCCGAGAAGGUUCACAUUAAUGUUAAAGACCAGACCAGAGAUCCCCCAAAGUAUGUUACAGAAAUGGCCUAAGCCCUACCUUUUGUACUUUUUAAAAAUCAAAUGUAAGGUGCUGUUUUCUAGAUAUGAUUUGAUUUGUCUGUAACUAAGUAUGAGUCAAAACACAUUUUAUCCUUACAACACAGUUGAAAUACAACAAAAAGAAGAAUUGGCAUAACUCUAUUGAAAUACUUAACAAGAUAAUGUGUAAUUUAACCACUAAUUGUUCCAAUAAAGGUAGCAUCCCAUAAAUACACCCUUUGGCAAAGCAGUUCCGCAAAUAGUUACAAUUGUCAUGAACUGUCUCUCUCCAAUUCAGAAGAAUGAAAUAAAGACUGAAACAAUCAGCGUC